AUGGCGGGGAAGGCGGCCGCGGCCGGCGCCGGGGUGCUCCUGGUCACCGCCAACGUCGGGUCCCUCUUCGACGACCCAGAAAAUUUACAGAAGAAUUGGCUUCGGGAAUUUUAUCAGGUUGUCCAUGCACACAAGCCCCAUUUCAUGGCUUUACACUGUCAAGAAUUCGGAGGGAAAAACUAUGAAGCUUCAAUGUCUCAUGUGGACAAGUUCGUGAAAGAACUGUUAUCAAGUGAUGCAAUGAAAGACUACAACAGAGCUCGAGUUUACCUGGAUGAGAACUAUAAAUCACAGGAACAUUUCACGGCUCUAGGAAGUUUUUACUUUCUUCAUGAAUCUUUGAAAAACAUCUACCAGUUUGAUUUUAAAGCUAAGAAGUAUAAAAAGGUUACUGGGAAAGAAAUCUACUCUGACACUUUAGAAAGCACACCCAUGCUGGAAAAAGAGAAGUUUCCACAGGAUUAUUUCCCUGAGUGCAAGUGGUCCAGAAAAGGUUUCAUUCGAACAAGGUGGUGUAUUACUGAUUGUGCCUUUGACUUGGUAAACAUUCAUCUUUUCCAUGAUGCUUCCAAUUUAAUUGCUUGGGAAACAAGCCCAUCGGUUUACUCAGGAAUACGGCAUAAGGCUCUUGGCUAUGUACUUGAUAGAAUUAUCGAUCAGCGAUUUGAGAAAGUUUCGUAUUUUGUCUUUGGAGAUUUCAACUUCAGACUGGAUGCCAAAGCAGUAGUAGAGACACUGUGUGCAAAGGCCACAAUGCAGACCAUCCGGGCAGCUGACACAAAUGAAGUAGUCAAGCUAAUAUUUCGUGAAUCUGAUAAUGACCGAAAGGUUAUGCUGCAAUUAGAAAAGAAGCUCUUUGACUAUUUCAAUCAAGACGUAUUUAGAGACAACAAUGGCACUGCGCUUUUAGAAUUUGACAGAGAGCUGUCAGUCUUUAAAGACAGAUUGUAUGAACUGGACAUCUCAUUUCCUCCCAGUUAUCCCUACAGCGAGGACUCUAGCCAGGGAAGGCAGUACAUGAACACGAGAUGUCCAGCCUGGUGCGACAGAAUCCUGAUGUCCCACUCAGCCAAGGAGCUCAUUCUGAAAUCAGAAAAUGAUGAGAAGAUAGUAAUAUAUGACCACAUUGGGCCAAAUGUCUGCAUGGGGGAUCACAAGCCUGUGUUCCUGUCCUUUCGAAUAGCUGCUGGGGCAGGUAAACCUAUUGCAAAUGUGCACAAGUGUUGUGUCGUGCAGUGAUGUGGUGGAAAAAGAUGCCUACGAAGUGAGAAGAUUUUCCGUGAAACCACACUGUAGCCAGGAGGGAAGGCAGCACACUGAAAUCUGUAAUCCUAACAGCUGUAUUGAUAAAUCCAGUCC